GUUCAGACAAUGAAGUCCAUCAGUGUGGUAGCGUUGCUGUCGUUGGCCGCUUUCGCCGGUGCCGAGUGGAUCGACAUCGAUUGGUCGCAGGUGAAGCCGAUCGAGGAGUUCGAUCACUACUGGAGCCGCCUGCCGGCUGAGCUUCAGAUUCUGCGCCAUGCCGAACCCUCACGUCGUAUUGUUAACGGUGAAGAGGCCACCCCUGGGCAGUUCCCGUACCAGAUUGCACUGCUUAGUAACUUCGCGGCUGGCGGGGGUCUGUGUGGUGGAAGCAUCCUCACGACCACCUACAUCCUAACGGCGGCUCACUGUGUCGUCGAUGAUAAUGGUGUGUUGGCCAGCUCGGGUACGGCGAUCUUGGGAGCUCACAAUCGCAUUAUCGAGGAAGAGACCCAACAGCGUAUCGGCUUCAGCCAGUCCGGUGUGUUUGUGCAUCCGAGCUACAACCCGACGCUGAUCCGUAACGACAUCGCCACGGUGCGUCUUGAUUCUCCGGCCGUCUUCAAUGAGCGCGUGCAGCCGAUCGAUCUGCCAGCCACCUCCGAUAGCCGCACGUUCGCCGGACUUAUCGGAACUGCAUCCGGGUUUGGUCGUACCUCCGAUGCACUCCCUGGUGCCUCCAACGUCGUCAUGUUCACGCGCAAUCCGGUCAUGACGAAUGCUGCUUGUCAGAGCUCCUGGAAUAUCAUCCUGGUGUCGGACCAAAAUGUCUGCCUGGACGCUGAUGGUGGACGUUCCGUGUGCAACGGUGACUCUGGUGGUCCACUGACCGUUGAGGACGGUGGCCGCAGUCUAGAGGUCGGUAUUGCCUCGUUCGUGUCGGCUCAGGGCUGUGCCUCCGGUAUUCCAUCCGUCUGGGUGCGCGUCUCCUUCUAUCGGGACUUUAUCGCGCAGAACUCGAACUACGUGUUCCGUGCUUAA